GUCCUCUCCCCCCUGGACCGCGGAAGCGUUUAGACGUGUGCAUUCUAUUUGUUUUAUAACUUAAAAAUCAAAUUAAAAAUAAAUUCCGUGCGAAUAAAUUAAGGUGUGUACCAGGAGCGCAUGAGUUGCGUUGCAGUAAGUGCAUCUGUGCGAACGGGACAACACUUGUGAGACAGCUUAAGUUGUACGCUCCGUCUGCGCGCAUCAUCGAUACGCAAGCUUUGUAAGUUGCCGUAAUUCAUAAGCGAUAGCGGGUAGCGGAAAUUUAUAGGGGGCUGGUCCAAGUUUAUUUUUUCGUGUACUCUGGUGUCAUCUUUUGUCAGAAAUAUGCCUCUUAAGCGCACACCUCCCAGCACCCCCACUCCCGAAGACUUAAAGGAAGCUAGGUUGAACGCGCCGAAAGCUUCUUUUUCGGGCUCCGCGCCAGAUUUAUCUAAUGAGGAGCGAAGCAAUGUAACUAUGAGGCGCAAGCAGGAUGAGUCCUAUAUUAAAAAAUUCAUAACCGAAAUUAAGGAUAUGCUUGCUAAAGCAAACUCUCAAAAUGAAAGUAAAUUCACCUCCUUGCAAUCCUCCAUGAGAGAAAUCUUGACACAAAAUACAGAAAUAAAAGACUCCAUUGCUUUUGUUUCUAAGCAGUACGAAGAUAUGAAAGCUAAAUACGAGAAGUUGGAAAAACAGAGGAAUGAAGAUCGUCUGUAUAUUGAUCAGCUUGAAAAGAAAAUCGAGUCGCUGGAACGAACGUCUGCCUCAACUAAACUUGAACUAAGAAAUAUUCCUAAGAUUACCGGUGAAAAUAAGGAUAGUUUAUGUAAAAUUGCUUCAAAAGCUGCAGAUGUUAUUGAUUUUCCCAUACAGAAACAGGAUAUUAAGGAUAUUUAUCGUACAAAAAGUAAAACUGGACAUGGAGCAAUUAUUGUGGAAUUGGGCAGCGUUAUAUUGAAAGAUGGUAUUAUUGAAAAGGCACGCAAAUUUAACAAAAUGAAUUCUGCUAACAAAUUGAACACGGCACACUUAAGUUUGGAAGGACCAGCAAAGCCAUUUUUUAUUUCAGAAUGUCUAUCACCCUGCGGAAAACGAUUAAAUUAUCUGGCUCGUGCAUUUGCUCAGGAAAAUGGAUAUAAAUUCUGCUGGACCUCAUUUGGAAGAACCUACCUGAGACAAGAUGAAGGUAAACGGCAUAUUAGAAUUGAUAGUGAGGGUGAUUUAAAUAAACUUCGUCUAAAACAAUGACUUUUUGAGGCCCCCAGGAAACUCCGCCGGCCUACGAUAACUUUCCUGUUUGUGAAAAUCCGGCACUUAAUUAUUGUUUUUAUAGAUAUUAUUUUAUUUUUUUAUAUAUUAUAUUAUUGUUUUACUUUAUAUACAUACUUAUACUCUG